CUUCUCCUGGCCUCUUGCCUUCAUCCUGCCAGGCAUUUAGGACUUGUUUCUGGACACAAGGUACCUGCACUGACUCAUCCACCCAGCAUCCUCCUGGCCUGGUGAGGGCCCAGCGCCCAUACCAGGAGCAUCUAUAAAAGCCUGCUAGUCCGGUCCCCAGUAUCCUACUUGUCACUGCUUGCAUUUGAACCAUGUUUGGAGGUUUGGGGAAGCUGGCGGCCGAGGGCCUGGCUCACCGAACUGAGAAGGCCACUGAGGGGGCUGUUCAUGCUGUGGAGGAAGUGGUAAAGGAGGUGGUGGACCACGCCAAGGAGGCUGGAGAGAAAGCCAUCGCUGAAGCUUUAAAGAAAGCCCAAGAGUCAGGGGAGAAAGUGGUGAAGGAUGUCACUGAGAAACUGACCCACACUGUCACUGACGCCGUCACCCAUACAGCAGAAGGCCUGGGCAGACUGGGACAGUGAGUCCGUGCCUCUGGGGCUAAUCCUCCCCAAGUGUCAAUAAAGA